AUGUCUGUUGAGCAAUUGCAAAAGCUCCUUCAUGGUCCUGCUGGCAUAUCGCCACCGGGCGUGGAGCCCAACUUAGUGAACCCUCCAAAUCAACGUAUAUCUGGACAGGCGGCUAUACUAGUUUGCGGUAUAGCGGCGUCUAUUACCUUGUUCAUGCGCAUCUACACCAGGGUGUUUGUUAUCCGCAAGACCAGCAUGUCCGAUUACUCCAUUAUUGUGGCCUGGGUAGAGAUCCUCUUUCUUCAUCCAAAUACACGGGCUAAAUUGAUUAUUGUAGGGAAUUUAUGUGGGCUUAUGCGUCGUCUGUUGGUUUGGAAAUGA